GAGGAAUUUUGACCGGACUGGACCGUCCUCGGUCCACAAAAAUUCCCGAUUCCGGAUUUUCGGUCCAAACCCGAAAAAUUCCGGUCCGGACCGGUUGGACUAGAAUUUCUAUUAUUUUAGUUAAAAAAAGUUUAUAUGUUAAAAAAAUUGAAAGUUAGAAAUUUAAAAACCUACUAUUUAUUACUCUAGGAUUAUUGUUAUUAAAAAUAUUAAUUUAAUUUUUAAUAUGUCUAAUUUAUAAAUAUAUUUAAAUAAAAAAAAAGGUUUUUAUUUUUUUAAAAAAUAUAGAUCCUGGUCCAACUAGUACAAAACGGGACCGAACUGAAAUUUUUCCGGUCCGGUUCUGGUUCAAGAAAAAGACAUAUUCCGGUCCACUAGUCCAGUCGGUUCCGUUUCGGUCCUGGAUCGGUGCACACCCUUAUCAAUAGCAGUAUUAAGAUUUGACCUACACUUUGCAACCUUUUUCUUUAGAAUUUUGAUUGAUUUCUUUUCCAACCUUUUCCUUCACUAUUUAAGUUUUUCUUUCCUAACAUAAAAUAUUAUAUUUAAAUUGUGUAUAGUUGAAUUUUUUAUUAGAUUUUCUUAAAUUAUAGAAAUAUUUCUUGCUUAUAUUAAAUUUUAUUUUUAUAUAUAAUAAAAUUUUAGUGCCACUAACAUUUUUUUGCCCUCAGGCGUCCAAAAUCUAAAAAAGGACAUUGAACAUACAUACUUAUGCAUUUAUACAUACAUAUAUACAUAUAAUAAUUCUAUAUACAUAUAUACUCCUUCAAAUGCUAAAUAAAACUAAACAUGCGUGUGUUCAUAUUAAUGUCAGUUUUCAUUUUCGAGUUUCAUAAUUUUAAAGUUAUCAAGUCAUAUUGAUACUGAUAAUUGAAAUUUUAGAAGCACAUUUUUCGAUUUACAUUAUUUAUGCUUCUACGUUUUCUAAAAAGAACUGAUAAAGUGACUAUAAUCAUAAUCUAAUGUUCCUUUGGGCAUCAUUCUAAAUUUUUAUUUUUUGGUUUUAUAAAUAUAAAAGACAUAUGAUGUAAGGGAUAUAUAAAUUCAAGAUUAGUCAUAUUUAUAUUAAAUAUGUCAAUUAUAAAAACUCAUACUAAAAACUGAAAAAUCAUUUUUCUGAUCUUCAUAUUUUUAUUUUUAUUUUUUCAAAAGCUUAAAAAAAAAAAACGAUGACGGAGCAGUCCUAAACCUUUUGUUAUGAUUUUAUGAACGAGCAGCUUGUGGGAGCUUGCAUAAUGUAUAAUAAUCCAUAUUGCGGCGGACCAUUCAGAAAACUGUUUAACCAGGAUGUGUUAGUAUAUUUGUAUUAGAUUUUCUUAUAUUAGGAAAGUUAUGAUUGUCCGUGUUUGAAGGAGUAAACCAUCCCCACUUAUGGGUCUCAAAAAACAACAGUCAAAAACAAAAACAAAAAACCUUUACUUUCCUAUGAAUUUUGUCUUGAACAAACAGUCAGAACCUUCAAACUUUUUUUCACCUCCAAGUAUUUGUCUUGUCAAAGGCUCAAAGCAACUCUGCGUUUUCUCGAUAUGCGACCAUCCCUUGAGGAAAAAAAUGUUGAAUUCUCGUCUAAUAAAAUCAAAAUUCCUACCAUCAAAUUGCUAAAUAAUCAAUCAACCAAACGUAUUUGUACUUACCUAUAUAUACAUGAACAUCAACAACUUCAUACAUCAAUCGUCAUAUCCACAAUAGACAGAAAAACCACUCACAAAACAUAAAACCAAAAAGAAAAAGAGAUAGAUACGUACAACUAAAUAAACUUUUGAAAAGGAUCUAGCAAAAGUAGUAGUACCUUUUUCAGAAAUUAAAGUGCCCAAAAAGAAAGAAAACCAAACUUUUAUUUCACAACAUUCUGCAUAUUUCAUAACAAAGCUAUUAAGUAGUUAGCCAUGCAACGUUCAAUGGUCUCCAAAGCCCUGACCUCAUCAACCCAAAUCCUUCGCCCGGUAUCCCGUAUCCCUCCAUCCAACCCAAAACCGUCAUGCGACAUCUUCAUCAACCACCGAGGGACCGACACGAAGAGGACGAUCGCCGGUCUUCUCUACCAACAUCUCUCAAGUCUCGGAUACCAACCCUUUUUGGAUAGCAAGAGCAUGAAACCUGGGGAUAAACUAUUUGAGAAAAUUGACAUUGCAGUAAGAAAUUGUCGGGUUGGAUUGGCAGUUUUUUCCCCACGUUAUUGUGAAUCAUAUUUUUGUUUGCAUGAACUUGCCUUGAUGAUGGAGUGCAAGAAGAAAAUCGUGCCAAUUUUUUGUGAUUUGAAGCCCUCAGAACUCCAUGUUAAGGACAAUGGGAGUUGCUCGACCAAGGAACUUGAUAGGUUUCAUAAGGCCGUUGAGGAAUCUAAAAACAUCGUUGGACUAACAUUUGAUACUUUAAAUGGGGAUUGGUCAGAGUUUUUGACAAAUGCAACAGAUGCAGUCGUUCAAAGCUUGCUUGAAACCGAAGAAGAUGAGAAGUACCUUAAACCUAAGAUUACCGAAUAUUAUAAUGGAAACUAAGAAUCCUAAAUAAAUCAUUAUCAUUCAUUUAUUCUUUUUUAAACUUUUUUUGAAUUUUUUGACCUAAAAAAUAUAUUUUAGGAGUAAUAAUUUUUUAUGGCAAGCUUAACAAAUAUGAUAAAUUAUAUAUCUUUAUUCCUUUGUAUAUGUACUUUAAUUUGUAAAUUAAAGGUGAGGAAAUAUAUUAGAGUCCUAAAACUAACACAAUUUUUCCAAACCCUAAAUUAGAAGACCCUUUUUUAUUGGUUAAGGUAAGGAAACUAGGGUUGUGUAAAAAAACUCGAUCACCACCUAAACCUAUCCUCUUGUAUAGGAGGGCCAAUUACUCUAAAAACAAAAGGUUGUAUCUUCUAGCUAGCCUUUUUUUGUAUUUGUAAUAAACAUUGAAUAUAUAGGUGUUUGUAUCUUUCUCUUGACCGAUCACUCAAAUGAUGUAAAUGAAAAGAAAGAGAUUUGUA